GGCGGACUCUCUUGACGAUGACGCUCACUAUCACAUAACGACUAAUAUUAUAACAUAUCGAAUAAAAUAUAUAGACGGGCCUUGGCUUCCGUAGAGGUGUUGUGGUUUGAUGUUCACUAAGAAGGACAACAUCUAGGUUGAUAUAAUUUUUUUUCCAGUAAAAAAGUCAGUGGUAAUCAUCGACUAAAGAGACCACUGAGGAUGUCGUCGUCAGCAUUGAUGGCUGAUAUGCCCAAGUACGUGUCCGAAUUUGUCGGCACGUACAUCCUAGUCCUCACGAUUGGAUGCAAUGUCCUUGGCGGCACUGCAGUAUGGGCAGUAACCAGCAUCGCGUGUGCGCUCAUGUUAUGGACUUGGACUAAGGAAAAUGAAAAAAUAGAUGUGGACUACGGAAAAUAAAAAAAUAGAUGUAUUUUCCAAACGGAACUAAUAAUAAUAAUAAUAAUAAAACGGACCUGCAAAAGCAAAUGCAAAUUGUAUUCAUAGAAUCUUCAAAUAGAAGGAUGUCAGGUUUCAUGUUGAACUUGAAGUUGAUGGGUAAUCGUAAAGCAUAAGCUUUCUAAUCCUCGUUAGCAUUUACGCAUUUGGAGCUGUGUCUGGUGCACACCUGAACCCUGCCGUCACUCUGUCCAUCGCGCUCACAAACAAAAUGCCGUACAAGGAAGCCGGACUUUACAUGGUUUUCCAUUCAUUUAUUUUUAGAGUGAUGUGCGUGCAGUUGCAGAUACGAUACCAGGGGUUUUGUUUCACUCUGAACGUGGUGAUUUAGAAAAGUUAGAAGAAAGUUUCCCUCCAUGUCUUUGAUGCAAUAGCAAUCAGCAAAGAGAAGGACAAAAUAGAUUGUUAUUUGUUUUCACCCUCGUCGACUCCCACAGGCCGUCCAGCUGUUCGGUGGUUUCUGCGCUGGAAUGACCUAUUUAGGCCUAUUCAAAACCGCAUUUGAGCUCGGACCGGGGAAGGGUCACUCCUGGUUGGCCGCUGGCGUCGUGGAGUUACUGUAUUUAUGGCUUGUUAUUUCACAGAGAUUGAUUAUGACGCGGGAGACUUACUCUUGCAACUGUUUUUCCGAGUCUAUCGAUUUCAUACGAUAAUGACCCUCUUUACCCUCUAAUCCUUACCGCGAUGCUCUGCUUCGUUGUACUGAACGUUGCCUGUGCCAGCGCGAGCAGCGACAACCAGUACUACGGUUUGGCUAUCGGCUUCGUCGUCGUUGCCGGUGGAUACGCGGUUGGAACUAUUUCUGGUGGCUGCUUCAACCCCGCUGUCUCCUUCGGCAUUGAUGUCGCUAGCUACGAUCAAGGUGAGACGUUUUUUGUGGAAUUUUAGAUUUUUUAGAUUUGAUUUUAUUGAAUCUAAUCAGAAUGAUCUAAAUCUGACGAACAACUAGACUGAUACACUCGGAAUUUGAGUGAAGGUGUGCACACUUGAACGUAGAUACUAGAUACCGUAGCACAUGUCUAGAGUCCAUAAAGCAUUUUCACAUGAUAGGUAUCUACAUGUGCUUCGUUUACACCGUGUUUCAAAUGAUCGGUGCUGCAUUGGCUGCGGGUUUGUUCCGUCUGAUCCGCGCUGAGGAUUUCGGUGGGGUCGCUCUUACACUCAACAGCAAGUUAAUGGCUGAGGCAGUCGGAACAUUUAUGCUGACCCUGACGGUCGGCUUCAACGUGCUGACGGCUUCUGCGGCUGGCGCUUACUCCAUCGGAGCAUGCCUCAUGUGCAUGAUCUACGCACUUGGAAACGUCUCCGGCGCACACUUCAACCCGGCGGUGACGUUGGCGGUAUUCUGAGCGUGUUGACUUAAUAGUUUCAAUUCCCAAAAAAUCUGGCGGAGUUAGUGUGUCAAUUGCCGCUCCUGAUUUAAAGGAACACACACACACAACGACAACCCUGCCUCUUAGGUCUUUCUUUCCGGACGUGAUAUCAUUUCCAAGGAGGAUGCGGCAAAAUAUGUUGGAGUUCAGAUCAUCAGUUCUAUUGUAGCCGGACUCACCUAUAUGGCAGUUCUCGGUAUGUCGUUCCGCGUCGCCCCAGGCCUCGGCUGGUUCAAGACCGGUCUCGGAGAAAUCAUCUUUUAUGGUGAUGAUGCGAAAAAGUGAUUUAGAAGAUUUAGAAUUUUUAGAAGUAGAAGCGAAAAAUAACAAGUGGUUUUACAUCCUAGUCCUACCCAUUCGUGCCUGUCCAGCUCAGUCCAAAGAACCCCCUCGUUGUCCUCCCGCUUUUCUCUAUUUUCCUUUCAUACUUCCACCGCGCUCCUCUGCUUCGUUGUCCUUUCGGUUGCGACGACCAAGAAGCCGUCUCAAGAUAUGUUCGGCCUUGCUAUAGGAUCCGUUAUCACCGUUGCCGGAUUCGCUGGAGCUAGCUUGGGAGUGGUACAGAAAUUUCGAUAUGACGAUUUAGAUUGAUUAGAUUCAUCAACGUUUUAGAUUUACUACAUGUUGGGAUAAAAAGAAGCAUUUUCUUCGUCAAAACCAAAGUACUAUAGCAUAUUCCGCAAGUAGGCAGGCUAGAACAAGAAGAAAAAGAAUCCAACAGGUCCUGAACCCUGCUGUCGGAAUCGGGAUUGACUUCACCAACAUGGUGAAGGGCGGCCACUUCGGAAACUCUCUACUGUACACAUUGUUGGAAGGUGUUGGAGCAGCAGCAGCCGUCGGGCUUUUCAAGACUGUCCGACCCGGCGAAUACGACUCCGUCAAGGGAGGCAAAUUGAUGCCCUAAGUUGAUAUUUGUCGAUUUACAUGUAGAUCUAAAUCACUACUUAUUCUUAAGUAUCUUUUUCGUGUAAUAAAGAUUUGGGAAGAGGAAAAUUUGGAAUUCACAAUCUAAUCAUUUGUGGUAGUUGAAGCGAUGAAAGAAAAACAUUACUACAUUCAAAAAUAGAAGAUAGAUUCUCUGUGGUGUAAGCCAUCUUGCAUAGGUGUCAUAUUUUCUGGCAGGCUCAUAAAAUGAACAGGUGUGUGGACAAGAAUGAUUGAGAUGCCUCCACAUGAUUGUGGUUGAUGGUCAUUGUCACAACGCGGCAGCUGCCUCCCUGUUGCGAGCAGUUCUUUCUAUUUAGAUAUUCUCUAGGAUAAGGUUUUAGGUAAGAAAGUAAUGAUUCCUUGGUCUCGAUAUUGCUUAGUUUUUUCCUCGAUAGCGACAGUGUGUAAGAGAGUUAUUUUUAGGUUAUUUGGUUUUAGGUUGGAUACAUUUGUAAUAUGAAUGGAUAGUAAAUUGGCAAUCGAAUGUUGGUGAUGUUCCCCAAAUAAAUCAUCAUUAAUCAGUUGUGCGCAAGCGAGAAUGUCAAAAUUUAAAGAAACCAUCGUAACUGGGUUGAUCAGCUCCUGAGCCUUGCUGACCAUGAUCAUUACGGGAAACCUUCUGACGCUUACCCGAGUAAGACAUGACGGCCUGUUCUGCGGACGAAGGCUCAUCAUAGGUGAUCCUUCUCGACAACGCCAUUGGAUUAAAGCAUGGAGUUCACUCCACUCAUGACCGUGACUCAAGAUCUACA